AUGCAAGCUGUUGUAUUCAAGGAUGUGCAAAAAAUUGUCGUCGAAGAUCGUCCUAUCCCAACAUGUAAAGAUCCUGGGGAUGUAGUUAUCAAAGUGCAUAUCACUGCUUUAUGUGGUUCUGAUUUGCAUGGUCAUGAGUUUUUUGGAGAAAUUAUUGAAAUUGGAAUGGAUGUAAAACAAUUCAAGAUAGGAGAUAGAGUUGUUGUACCAUUUUCGACAUCGUGUGGUACGUGCUUCUACUGUAAGAAGGCUCUCACUUCACGAUGCGAACAUUCUCAAUUGUUCGGAUCACCAUCACUCAAUGGUGGUCAAGCUGAAUAUGUACGAAUACCUUUCGCUGAUUCAACAGCAUUUCCAGUCCCAACGGGAAUAUCAGAUGAUCUGAUGGUUCUUAUGGGCGACAUAUUUCCUACAGGAUAUUUUGCUGCUAAGAAUGCAUGGACACUACUGAGCGAAAAGGAACGCCAAGAUCCCAAUCUAAUUGUCGUAGUUGUCGGAUGUGGACCCGUUGGUUUAUGCGCUAUAACUGCUGCAUGUGAGCGCUUUCCAAUUGUAUACGCAAUAGACAGUGUAGAAGAGCGUCUUGAGGAAGCGAAGAAACAUGGUGCAAUUCCCGUUAAUCUCAACAAUGACCCUAUCAACGUGAUUAAGAGAGCUACUGAUGGCCGAGGAGCCGAUGCUGUUCUGGAAAUAGUUGGGCAUGCCAAUGCUCUACAAUUAGCAUACGACCUUAUUCGUCCUUGGGGUGUUAUUGCUUCUGUCGGCGUACAGUUAGACGCGUUCCCAUUCACGGGUCCUGCCGUCUAUGAUAAGAAUGUAGUAUAUUCAGUAAGUUCAUCGCAAGAUCAACGAUUAAAUGAUAAUAUAGCAUCAAUGCCUUUAACAACUGAAACAUUAUCGUGUGAUGGUCGUCGUUGCCCGAAAUGCGGCAAAUGCCGAGAUCAUGGUGCAUGUGUAGGCGCUCGUAAGGGUGCUGCAGCUGGUGCUUUAAGUGUAGGUGCCCUUGCCGGUAUCUCUGUAUUUCUUCUGAGCGUUUUAGGCCCAAUUGGUGCGACUGGUGUUUUAGCUGCGAUAGGAGGUGCCGCUCUCUGUACGGCUGGAGGAACUGCUAUUGGUGCUGGAGCAGGUGCUGCUUGUGGUUCUAUUGGCGCUGAACUCUGUGGUACUGGUCUAUCUUACAAUAUUGAUCCGUCAGUGCAUUCCUUGAUUUUCUGCAAAAUCAAAUUUUACAUUACAUAUCUCACAGGUAUUUUAACACCGAGUUUUACCAUUUUGGCCAGCAUCGAUCGGCUACUGUUAACCUCUCUCAGUGCACGAAGACGACUACAGACUCAGCGAAAGUUAGCUCGUCAACUCGCUAUAGGCGUGUUCGCCUUCCGAGCAACCUUUUCCAUCCAUGCUCUUGUUGAAUCAACUAUAUGGGCAGAAGCUGGUUGUACUCUUUGUUAUAUUGGAAAUGAUGAUUACAACAUCUCCAUAACUCUAUAUUCAAUCAUUCUCAAUUAUCUUUCAUUGCCACUUCUCCUGAGUAUUCUCCGUGUGCUCACGAUGAUCAACAUUCGAUGGAGUCAAAAACGAAUCUAUCCUGCAGUCAUCGGCCAUCCUCACAUGCAGCGAAAAGAUAUACAUAUUUUACGUAUGUUACUUUCCAAGUAUUAG